AUGACAAGCCAAUAUGUUCAUUAUAUUGUUACACCUAAUCAAGGUCAAAGCAACUUCUGGUGUACUUUUGUGUAUGGCUUUAAUGAUAGCCAAAGUAGGAUUGAGCUGUGGGCAGGACUAAAAGAUAUUGCUGGGAAAUGUCAGGGGCCAUGGGUGGUUCUAGGGGACUUUAAUGCCAUAUCCAGUGUUGAUGAUAGGCUGGGAAGCCCUGUAAGGCUGUCUGAAAUAGGCCCUAUGGUAGAGUGUAUGAGUGUGUGUGAACUAAUGGAUAUUAAGGCCAAUGCUGAAGCUACUUUCCUUCUAGAAGGCAACUUUGACCAUACACCAGCACUCCUUUAUGUGUACCCUGAUGUUCAAACGAAAAAACCAUUCAAAUUCUGUAAUGCUUGGUGCUCUUACCCUGAGCUGUUAGAUGUGGUGAGAAUGGAAUGGAGUAAAGUGAUUCAUGGCUAUCCAAUGUACAGAGUAGUGGCGAAGCUGAAGAAUAUAAGAGUUAGACUGCAGAGAUUGAAGAAGUCAAUGUUUGGGGAUACAGAAAAGGAGGAAAUAACAGCUAGAGAAGGAUUAGUUGACGCUCAAAAUGAGCUACACUCAGAUCCAAGUAAUGAUGAAUUGAAGAACAAGGAUAAAUUGGCUAGAGAGAGAUAUACAAAUGCAAAAAAGAAUGUUUAUUCUAUGUUGCAACAGAAGGAAAAAUUGAAGUGGUUAAAAUGUGGGGAUGAAAACACCAAGACAUUUUAUCAAGCCAUAAAAGCCAGGAGAAUGCAAAACAGGAUCCAUGCUGUGCAUAAACAAGAUGGGGAAUGGGUUAACAUUGUAGAAGGGGUGAAUAGAGCUUUUUCAAACUUCUACCAGAGUCUCUUUGCUGAAAAGAAGCAACAACAACCAACACUAAACACUCUGAUGGAGAGGGGCAAGAUGUUAAGUGAGCAUCAUUUGAGAAUCGUGAAUGCUCAAUACACCAGAGAGGAUGUUAGGAGGGUUAUCUUCAGCAUACCUGAUGAGAAAGCCCCAGGGGCUGAUGGUUUUAAUAGCUGUUUCUUCAAGUUCAUCUGGGAUGUGAUAGGAGAGGAGGUAACUGAAGCCAUACUUGACUUUUUCAAGACAGGAAAAUUACUCAAGGAUUUAAUGCAAAUGUAUAAUAGGAAAUCAUCUAGAGCUUGCUGUAUGAUGAAGCUAGACCUGAAAAAAACAUAUGACACCAUCAACUGGCAGUUUAUCCAGCAGAUGCUAGAAGGUGUGGGAUUUCCUAAUUGGUUUAGACAGCAGAUUAUGACCUGCAUCACGACUCCCAAGUUUUCCAUCAUGGUUAAUGGGUCUCUUGUUGGAUUUUUUGGGGCUCAACGUGGUUUGAGACAAGGAGAUCCAAUGUCUCCCCUAUCAUUUGCACUAGGAAUGGAUUACCUUGACAGAGUUUUGAAGUUUGUGGGGGAUCAGGAAGGUUUUAAAUUCCAUGUGAAAUGCAAAGACAUGAAAAUGUCUCACUUAUGCUUUGCAGAUGACCUGUUACUCUUUUGUAAAGGAGAGUUUAGGUCCAUUUAUACAAUUGUACAAGGAUUUGAGAUGUUUUCUCAUGCUUCUGGACUGGAGGUCAAUAAGACUAAGUCAGAAGUAUACUAUGCAGGGAUGAGCAACAAUGAGAUCCAUAGGGUCACUGAUGUCAGUGGUUUCCAAGUGGGUAAGCUACCUUUCAGAUACUUAGGGGUUCCCAUAUCCACCACUAAGUUGAAAGCUAAAGAUUGCCAGGUCAUGAUUGAAAAGAUGACAGGUAGAAUAAGGCUCUGGAGUACUAGACAUUUGUCUUUGGCAGCAAGAAGCUAA